AUGGCGCCUUUGCUUUCCAAGAUGUGGCUUUUGUUAACGUUAAUUUCCGUAAACGGAGUAUCCAGUCUUGUUUACCAACAUACGGUUUUUCAAAGAGAUCUGAAUCCUGUGCAUGACAAUGGGGCUUCCCCCUUCCUUUCCAGUACAGUGUCCACUGUCCAAGCCUGUGUCAAGAAAUGCCACAACCAUCCAUCAUGCGAAUCUUUGGUAUACGACAAAGUUUCCUCUCAGUGCUCAUUGUUUGACGGAAAAGACGUAGGGGAGGAAAUCACUAGUAACCAAAUAUAUAAUCGGGUCGGGAACAAAACUGUGCAUCAAAACAUUAUUGCUUAUGCUAACCACCUGUGUAAUGAAGACAGUCCUGGAUAUUUCUACAACGAGUCAGUUCCGGUUUGUUACAAAAUCGAUACUCAACCCAGGCCAAUGGAAGAUGCUGUGAUGUUUUGUGGAGAAUCAGGAGGGCAUCUUUUACGAAUAGACACGGAAAUCAAACAGAAGUUUGUAGAGAGCCUAAAUUUAGAAACAACAAGCUCAAUUUUAAAGUAUCGCAUUGAUGGAAAAAAGAUGAAUACAAUCUGUACAUUUUCAAAUGACCAACCAAUAACUCGAUGGUAUUGGCAUCCAGGCGAGCCCGAUGAAAAAUUGACCUCUAUUGGACUGAAGGUUGGGUAUGGCGGUCAAUGGGACGAUAUAAGUCCCACUGUUCCUCAUGGCUGUAUUUGUGAAAAGGAUAUUAACUUUAAUUAA